AUGGAGCCUUGGAAACUUUUUGACCCCUCACCAAACACAAGCAGCUCUCCACCAAAGGACAAAAAAUCCCAUGAAUGCUCAGAGUGUGGGAAAUCCUUUGCUCUCCAGUCCCUCCUUUUGACCCACAGGAAGGUCCAUGUGGGAAGUGGAUCCAGUGAAGGUUUGGAGGGUGAGAAAUCUUUCUCUGGGAAAAACUCCAAGGAUCUCAGAAUCCCCCCAAGACUAAACCCCUAUAAAUGUGAGGAAUGUGACUUAUGCUUUAGUCAAAAGUCAAGCCUUCUUAGACAUCAGAGAAUCCACACUGGACAGAAACCUUAUCAAUGUCUGGAAUGUGGGAUUUUUUUCCGUGAAAAAGCCACUCUCAGAAACCACGAGAGAAUCCACACAGGGGAGAAACCUUACAAGUGUUGGGAACGUGGGAAGAGCUUUUCUCAGUACUCAGGUCUUUGGCUCCAUGAGAAGAUCCAUGCAGGAAUAAAGUCUUACAAAUGCUUUGAGUGUGGAAAAUGUUUCACCCAGAGUUCAGGUCUUCGGAGUCAUCAGAAAACACACAGAGGGGAUAAAAAUGUAAAGUGCCUCGAAUGUGGGAAAAGUUUUACCUUGAAAUCAAGCCUGGUGCUACAUCAGAGAAUUCACACUGGAGAGAGACCCUAUGAAUGCCCAGAAUGUGAGAAAAGAUUUAGCUCCAGGUUCAUCAGAGAAUCCACACGGGAGAAGCCGUAUAAGUGUGGGGAGUGUGGGAAAUGCUUCUCCACAAAAAACAACCUUGGAAGUCAUCAGAGGCUCCACACAGGAGAGAAGCCACACAGAUGCGUAGAAUGUGGGAAAUCUUUUGCUCAAAGUGCAGCCCUUUGGAGACAUCAUAAAACCCACACAGGGGAGAAGCCACAUGAGUGCAACGAAUGUGGAAGAUUUUAUCCUACCUCAUCAGCCCUUAGAAGUCAUGUGAAAACUCACACAGGGGAAAAAAAGUACAAAUGUUUGGACUGUGGGAGACAAUUUGCUGCGUCAUAUUCCCUUAGAAGUCACAGCCGAAUCCAUACAGGAGAGAAACCUCACAAAUGCUCAGAGUGUGAUAAAUGUUUUCCACGGAAAGAUUCUCUUGUGAGGCAUCAGCGAAUCCACACUGGAGAGAAACCAUAUAGAUGUCUGGAGUGUGGAAAAUGUUUUGCCCGAUCUUCAGCACUGCACAAGCACACCAGAAGUCAUACAUGA